AUGACGACUGAAAACACAGCCACCGUUGUUGAGGGCAAGCCAGCCGAGCAUUUGAAGCCGGAGGACGCUACGAAGCAAGAUGUGGAGGGAUCGGCUGCACCUGUGCAAGAGGCCGUUUCCAAGGCUGAGGGCGAGAAGAAGCACGAAAGCGAACAGGAAAGUGGCGACGAGGUUGUUGCUCAGGAGGACGCCACACCCGAAGCCGAGGAAUCAGCUGAGGAGCACGAGGCAGACGCCGAAAAAGCGGAGGACGGAGAAUGCUCUGAUGGCAAGGACGAGAAAAAGGUUGCUGAAGCUGAGGCCGAAGAAGCUGGUGCACCAAAGACCGACGUCGACAUGGUUUCUGGCGACAAAGAGAAUGAGCGCAAGCGGGCCGAUACUGAAGAUCAAACCGGCGAGGAAGAGGGCAGUGCCAUGAAGAAGCUAAAGGUUGACGAACCGUCUGUUGAACAACCUGCACCAGUUCAAUCCGCUGGAGGCGACGCC